AUGUCCUCCGCUGAUUCUGCUUCUGUUGAGGCAGGCCUGGACAACAGUGGGGCUGAAAUUUUGAAAGCAGGUAAAGUUGAUGAGGACGAAAGCACUGAAGAUGAGAUCGCGCAGGCCUCGGAUACUGUCAGUGAAAGAUCCACGAAAGAAGCCAGUGAGGAGGAAAAAUUAGAAGAUGGAGAAGAAGAAGAAGAAGAAGAAGAAAAAUUGCCUGUUGAAAGCACAGUAGAAACGAACAUGGUUGAAAGUAAAACUGAGGCAGACAUCGACUGGAAUGAGGAGUUGAUUUCGGAGAAUGUACAACCUCCAUCUAGGUCUAACCAUGAUGUUGAUGUAGUUGAGGCGGAAGCCUUCCCACAAAACUCAGAAAAUACUCCAGUGUCACCGAGUGCAAAACACAUUAUGACUCAAGAAUUCAAGAAACCAUUGCUUCAGCCGUCAUCUGAUACGGUAGCCGUCGAAGAUCCAAUGACAACACAAUCUGAUGGAACUGCGGAAGUGGUUGAGGAGGUCCCACUUUCCGUUAAGGAACAGGUUUCUAUUUUUGCAAAUAUGAAGUUACAAGAAACUCAUGGUAAACCGAAGCCCAUGGUAGCCGCAGCUUUCUCGAACAGCUUACGAACAGAACCCCCUCCGUCCAUGGACACCGGUUUGCCAGACCAAGUUCAACGAAGCUCGCCGAACAGAGUUGAGGAGUUCGAAAAAACGUUGCCGCCGCAAUCGUUUGAUAUUACUGAGACAACUUCCAUGGAGCGUGACGAGCCGCAAAGCCGUCAACCCAUUGCGUCUAACUUUGACAGACCUCAACCACAUGAUCGACAAGCAGAAAUACCACCGCCUCCAAAAAAGUUUGUUCCCAAGACGUUUUCUUCGGCGAAUCCUUUGACUUUCGGUGUACCCUUCGGCAACAACUGUCAUUUCACUAAACCUGAACCCCCUGCAAAGGUGGCUGCCCCAUCGCAGUACCUGGGACCAGACGUCGUUGCUCACACGACGAGGCCUCCUGUUUUGAUUCGAUUACGCAGACCUGGGCCCGAAGCUCCUUGGGGUUUCACUAUAUUUGGUGGAGCCGACUACGGUUGUCCACCAUUUAUAAGUCGAGUAACUUUGCGUAGCAUUGCUGCGAAUGCAGGACUAGAAGUUGGCGACAUUGUGGUUAGCAUUUGUGAAUCGCCGGUACGGGAUAGUGAGCACUCGCAGGUCAAAGCCGAAAUUCUCCGCGCCGGCAAUGAACUCGACUUUAUGGUCGUCAAACAGGGCAUCGACAAAGACAUUUUGGCUCAACGAGCUCCCCACCUAUUGCGCCCACCGGCGUCAAGCGUAACUGACAGCAGCGGAAGUCUGCACGCACGGAAGACGUCCUCAGGGAGCGUUACCUACCUGCCUUGCCGAACGCCCUGUCAAGCCGGCUAUGCAGAUAAGGCCACACGCACACGCUCCUUCCGUCUGCUCGACGAACACCUUAAUGCUAUGAGUGGAGAGUCGCGACGAGCGGAAUCAUUCCAAGUCCAGUCCGACUGCAAGCGUGCUGCAGGGGUCAGGUCGUGGCAUUGUCGCAACAAUCCGGUCCAAGUCGGCUCACAGCUCGGCGCUGCACAGACACCGACCAGGCCGUGGAGCAACAUCGGUGUGCUUAUGUUGGUCUGGAUGUGGCCAGAGGUGGAACUCGAAUGUGCCAAAAUGACUCAACAGUGA